AUGGACAAUUACCCGCGACAGUCGCUGACGGAUGUCGCGGUCGUCCCGACGGGCACGCUCGCGGCGAAAGAGGCCGCGGUCGCGGGCGUGCCGAUCCAAUCGAGCGAUUUCGCGAAGGUGGUGGACGUGACCAUCUUGGAGCCGGACGAGGUGUCGUGCGGGGAGGGUUGGGACGACGACGACGCCGUGGUGGACGGCGUCGUCGCCAUCGUCGGGAGAGCGCAGGCGCGUCCUAGUAUUACACUGAAGCCGGUGCAGCCGAACCUGCCGCUGACGCGAGAGGUGCUCGAUAAAUCGCGAAAGGUGAUCCUGCUGACCGACGCGCUUCAGGACGCGAUCGGACCGAUCGGAGGGAGCGUCCCGGUCGCGAUCGUCGCGGGGGCCGACGCGUGGGAGGAGUGCGCGGAGGAGCUCGACGAUCUGCUCCUCGGCGACGCGGAGGUUUGGCGUCGCGGCGCCGAGGAGGGCGCGAACCCGCGCGGCGGCAAAGUCCCGUACGUCUCCCCCGACGGCUCCCACACGAUCGUGGACUUGAUCUUCGAGAACCCGCUCACGAAACGGCGAUGGGACGACGGUUUCGUUUUGUUCGGUAAGCCCGCGAGCGCGUAUCAGGUGGCGGAAGAGGUGAGCGGCGUCGACGGCGUGUUGUGCCACGGCGUCGUGACGAGCGCCGACGCCGUCGUCGUCGCCGCGGGCGUCGGGAACGCGGGCGACGGCGCCGCGCGGGGGCCGAGGGAGAUUACCGUGAAGAAGCGGUGA